AUGUCUUCAGCAUCACCAGCGGAAGAAAUUGAUGAGGCGAAAGAACGGGAGCAUUUUCGCGCCGUUGUCACCGCUUUCAAAUAUUAUAAACUAUGCAGCUUAGACAGGAUACACAAAUCAGAGAAAAUAAUAUCAAUACUACCACAAAAUCACCAGCGUCGCUUGGAAAAAUAUAAGACUUAUUUGGCGAAAUUCAAGAAAUGUUUAGACACAAACAAUAAUGUAGUACAUUCGAUAAUUAAAGACGUUGACACAAUGUUUGAAAAUGUUGAUCAUUCGGUCACUGAUACGUCUGGAACUAAUGGCGUCGAGAGCUUUGGAUGUAAUUAUAAUAAUUGUGAGAUUGCAUCGCAGAAACAGCAUAAAAUGCAACAUGAUGUUGAGAAGGUACAAUCAGUUUUAAAAAACAUAGUCCGUGAUUGGAGCGACAUGGGUGCCGAAGAGAGGAAACAAUGCUACAAGCCCAUACUAGACGAAAUGGAGGAACGGUUCUCAUUGGACGAAUAUAGUGAUAGAUCUCAGAUCCGAGUCCUAGUUCCCGGCGCAGGUCUAGGCCGGCUCGCGUGGGAAGUGGCUGCGCGAGGCUAUUCCUGCCAAGGCAAUGAAUUCUCGCUCUUUAUGCUGUUCGCAAGCAACUUUAUACUCAACAGAUGCACUGAGAUUAACAAAUACACAGUGCAUCCGUGGGUGCAUCAGUACGUGAACAAUAUAACGUGUGAACACCAGCUCAUAUCGGCUCGCUUCCCCGACGUCUGUCCGUCGGGGAACAGGCCCAAUCAUAACUUCUCUAUGACGGCCGGCGACUUUCUGAAAGUAUACACAGAAGCAGAUGAAUGGUCGUGUGUAGCGACGUGCUUCUUCAUAGAUUGCGCGCCGAACGUGAUCGAGUUCAUUGAGAGGAUAUACACUAUACUGCAGCCGGGCGGGUAUUGGAUCAAUUUAGGACCUCUAUUGUACCAUUAUAGUGACAUGCCGACGGAGAACAGUAUCGAGCCGCCGUAUGACAUAUUACUGGAGAUUAUAAGGGAUAUAGGAUUUGAUAUAUUGAAAGAACAAACAGGUGUUAAAACGAAAUACGCCCAGAAUCCCAACUCCAUGAUGCAACAUGAAUACGACUCGGUGUUCUUCGUGUGUCGCAAACCUUAUUGUAUGUAG